AUGGCUAGAACCAAGCAAACAGCUAGAAAAUCCACUGGUGGUAAAGCCCCAAGAAAGCAAUUAGCUUCCAAGGCUGCCAGAAAGUCUGCUCCAUCUACCGGUGGUGUCAAGAAGCCUCACAGAUAUAAGCCAGGUACCGUUGCUUUAAGAGAAAUUAGAAGAUUCCAAAAGUCUACUGAAUUAUUGAUCAGAAAGUUGCCAUUCCAAAGAUUAGUCAGAGAAAUUGCCCAAGAUUUCAAGACUGACUUGAGAUUCCAAUCCUCCGCCAUUGGUGCUUUACAAGAAUCCGUUGAAGCUUACUUGGUGUCGUUAUUCGAAGAUACUAACUUGUGUGCUAUCCACGCCAAGAGAGUGACUAUCCAAAAGAAGGACAUCCAAUUGGCCAGAAGAUUAAGGGGUGAAAGAUCAUAG